GCUGGGAUGCAAACCUCACGCCACGAUCUCACCUUUGCUGCGACUUCUUUUGCGAUCCCCGCAGAGUGCGCGCAAUCGAUGGAAUGUCAACUGGGGCUUCGUUUUUCUGGCCCGGUGCCCCUUGCGCCUGUCAACAGUCCUGACAUGUAUUCUCCUCCGAUCCUCCCCCCCCCCUCUGUUUCGUUCACCUCUCCCCUCUCCCCUCUCCUUUUCCCCCGUCUCCCACCAUGGCCAUGCCCAACCCGUUCCCCGGUGCGCCAGGCGACCCCAACGCCGGCACUGGCGCCCCAUCUACUGGCCAGCCGGCGAUCAAGCUCUUCCGCAGCAAUCGCGAUCGCGAGGAGCUCGAGCGCGCUGGAGCCCUCUAUGCCAUCAUCGUGGCGCUGGAUGCCCUCGAGGAGGCCUACAUCUCGGACAUGAUCAGCGACCGGGACUACUCGUCCACCUGUCGCCAGCUCCUUUCCCAGUACCAAGUCGCGCGGCAGGUGGUAGCCGGCCUGGAGGAUGGCAUGCCGGGCGUCCGGAACUUCUGUCAGCAGUAUGGCCUUGAGUGCCGAGCUGCGCUCAUCCGCCUGGAGGCUGGCAUUCCGGCCGGCGUGGCUGUCAGCUCCGGCAAGUCCUUCACACAUGCCAUCAAUGUCGGCAAGGACAUUGUGACCCUCAACGAUUACCUGGACUUGCAAAUGCGCUCGACCGACAAUGUGCUGCCCCUGCUCAACCAGAUUCUUGGGCAUCUGGAGGGCAUCGAACAUCUGCCGGUCAACUUCCAGGGGAAAGCCGUCAUCCGGAACUGGAUCGGGCAGAUCCACAAUCGGCCAGCGUACGAAGAGCUGGCGGAUCACGAGGUCCGCCAGCUGCGUUUCGACCUCAGUCAGCUGAGCCACUCCCUCAAUUCGGUCCAGUGAUCAUGGAAUCUUCCGCCCACGCCGAUGAAUCAUCCAAUAUACGCCCUCCAGAAUCCC